UAACUGAUCUGUCAAGUGUCACAUCUGUGGACAUGGGAAAUUAAGAAAAAAAAAUCCUUGAAAUUUUGAAAUUCAACAUUUGUUUUUGGUGAAUGUUGAUUUUGAUGAAGAGUACCGAGAAUCUUUUAAAAAGUAGAUUAUUAAUAAACUGUGAUUAUACUCAAUUCACGUUUACUUGGAAAUUGAUUGUUAUAAUGUCCACAAAAUUAAGGCAUUCCAAUUCUGAAAUGAUUUGUUUGUAUUCACAUUUCACGUCUUUGGUAGACAUCCAAAGAAAUUAUCAUGUGUGAACCUAUAAUUGAAAACGUUUACAAAAUCCUAAAGGCAUUUUUCAAGGGGUCAUGAUUUUUGUUUGUACAAUUUAUUUGGUGUAUGUUGAAGAAAAAUGGAAAGCUUUGCAAAACUACGACAAGAACUGGAUACUUUGGGAUAUACAGAAACUUUGAAAAUCGAGAGUUUACCUUUAGUUCAAAGACUCCUUUCAGAUUUGAAAGUCACUACUGAAAAUUUGAAGAAAUAUAUGACUGUAUCUCAGCAGGCUUUGGAGGAGAGAGACAAUUUGUUGUUGGGAGCAGAACCAUACAAGUGUGAUAAUGCUAAACUCAUUAGGGAAUGUAAUGAAUUACAUUUAGCUUUCAUUCAUUUCAAGGAACAACAUGAAAAGACCCAAAAGGAUUUGAAAACACAAGUUUUAUUACUGGAAAAUCAGCUCACAGAUUGUAGCAUUGAAAAACAGAAGCUAGCUCAGAAGGUGAAAGACUUACAACUAAUUACUCAUAAGCAACCAAUGUCUUCCAGAACUAAAAGUACCAGUAAGAAUGACAAUUUCCAACUAAAUAGUGCAAUGGCAAUAGCUGAUAAAAAAAUUGCCAGUCUCAGUAAAGAAAUACAAAAAUUGAAAGAGGAACAGUUUCAAUAUGUUAAGGAUAAGGACUUCUUUAAGACACAGCUACAUACACGUGAUGAAGAAAUAGAUAGAUUGAAUAAAUUAUUGGAAGGUGGUAGAACCACAAAAGUGUUGAGUAAAGACUGUUGUUACAAAAAUAUUGACAACAAAAUUGGCUCCCUCCAAGAUGAAAUAAAUAGCUUGAAGAGGCAGAAAAACCUAUUGCAGAAUCAAUUAAAAGAGGCCACUGCAAAACAACAUGAAGCAAUGAGGAGAGCCAUACAUUUGGCAGAAAGGAAUAAGCAGUUGGAAAAUGAGAUGAAAGAUAUCGAUCAGAUUGCUCUGGCAGUAGAAGCGGAAUGUAAUGAUACAGUGAAGGAUAAUGCUGAAAAAGUAACAAGGUUACAAGACAAAUUGAAUGAAUCUGUUAUAAAAAUGCAAAAUUUGGAGAGGGAAAAUGUUAAAUUGACACUUGACAAAAAAGAGCUUUCUGCUGAAUUGGACGCUGUCAGAUUGGAAAAGAAAAAAUUGCAAACCUUGAUCGAAAGUGAGGCUGAUGAAAAAAAGCGACUGACGGAUAGAUUCAAUAAUUUCACAAUAAUAGAGCAUGAUUUAAAUAUGGAAAUAGAUCGAUUGCUAAGAAUUUCCGGGGAACAGAAACGAAAAAUUGCAGAGUUGGAGUGUCAAGUGACUGCUGCAAAAAUUCAAGAUAAUGACCACAAAAUCUUUCCGGGUUCGCAAUUCGCUGGGGCUGACUCGAGAAGAAAAACUUCAGACGAUACUGACAAAUCUUCCAAAAAACUGUCAAGGCCUGGUCUGACCGUAUCAGAAUCCAGCACCAAAUCGAAAACUGCCGCUACAUCGAAAACCCAACACAAAAAGACCUGCAGGAAAUCUUCCAUUCUCAAACAGUCUUCAGCUAUUAGAGAAUCGGACGAUGAAAAAUCGCCAAAUUCGCAAAUUCUGAAUGGCAAACAGGCUGGCAAAUGUUGCUGCGAAGCAGGAAGUUGCGUCAAAACUAUGAAAGAGUUGUUAGACAAAGAAAUGGAAUACAGACAAGAACAGGCAAUGCAACAAAUAGACAGUCUGAGACAGGAAAAGGAGUAUUAUAUGAAAGAGUACCAUAAAGUGCUUGAAGAAAUCAGGUCUAGGCCUGGCCAAGAAAAAUCUAAUAAGUAUCAAGAAAGAAUCGAAGAACUUCUCAACGGUAUGAAAGAAAAGGACCUAACAAUUUCAGCUUUUCAGAAUGAAAUUAGGACUUUGAACAAUGAAAAGUAUUCCUUGUCUGCUAGAGUGGACAGUCAAAGUAAACAGACUUCUGAAACUGAGCUCGACGGUAUCUGUCAGAAAACAAGUUGUAGAAGGAAAGCAAGGGAAUUGGAAGUACAUAAAGAGGAGUUGAAACAUAUUGAAAAGGAGAAUAAUUCCUUGAAAAUCAAGAUACAAGCACUGAACGAAACGACAGUGUUCGACCAAGAACGGAUGAAGAAGGCUUUCCAAGAAAUGGAAGGUCACAUUUUGAAACUUGAAAACGAAAGAAGAGACUUAGUAGUUAGCCAAUGUACCAGCAGAUCUAAUGUCACUCAGCUAGAAGAAGAUUGUAACUUACUCAGAGAACAGCUGAGAUCUACAAAGAAUGAAUUGAACAAUCAAAAAGCUAAUUACAAUCAAUUGAAAAUCCUUCAUGAUCAAACUGAGAGGGCUUUGAACGAGGCUCAGACCCGGCUGCUUAGAGCGGAGACCGAGUUGCAGAGCUCUCAGACGAAAAUAAGCUCGACACACCGAGAGACCGCUGGAUACGAGCGGGAAAUCGGCAAGCUACAGGGCGAUAUCGAAGUCAUGAAGAUGCAGCUUUCCAAAAUAGAUAAAGACAAGGAUGAACUACUGAAUGUGGUGGAUGCAAAGACCGAGAAAAUAGACUUUCUGGAGGGUCAGUUGAAGGAAAAGAAGAAUCUCAUCCAGUCUUUGGAAAGUGAAGUUAAGGAUCUGAGAAGGAAAGUGGGUAAAAUAUCUGAUGAAACGAAUAGUCAGGAUCUACAACUAAGGUCAUCGAAGCAAGAAUUAGCUAUGCUCCAGAAAGAUUAUGAAGCUGAGAAGAAGUUCAAAGAAUCUGCCGUACAAGAAAACAAGAGACUGCAAGAUGAUUUGGCAAGCGUGACACGUGACUGUAGGGAAGCGCGAAAAGAAUUGGAGAUAUCAACCAGGCAAGUCGAGGAUUUGAAGCGACAGCUUCAACAUUACGUGGCUGAAGUAAAAAGAACCGAAGACCUCAUAUCUCAUAAGAUGGCCGAGUUAGCCAGUCAAGUGGCCAGCUUGGAAAUGCAGUUGAAACAGGGCAGUUCUCAGUCUGACAGGUACAUGACAGAACUGAAACAGCUGAAGGAUCUCUGCUUGAAGCUCGACACCGAAAAAGACGAGCUGAAGCAUGAAUUGAGGAGUAAAGACGAACAAAAAAGUUCGCUAGAAAGAGAAAACAAAGAUCUGAGGAGUGCUUUGGACAAGGACCAAAGCAGUUUGGACGGAGUGGAAAAGCUUCUCAACGAUGCUAGACAAGAGGUGAUAGAGCAUAGGCUGUUGAACCAGGAUCUGCAAUCGGAAAUUAUCAAAAUGAGGUCCCAAAUUCAGGAACUCCAGGACAAACUAGCGACCACCGGCGAACAGUUAGAUCUGUACCAGGAGAAGGCUUUCGAAUACAGCCAGCAAAAUAAACAAUUGCGCAGGGAGGUGGCCAAUGAGAGGUUCGCUAGAGCGAGAGACGAUGACGCUAAAAGAUAUCCAUCUCUAUGAGUGACUGAAAGUUGUGUAGAGUGUAGAAUGUGAUUUUUUUAACUGCUUUAUUGAUUGUCUUGGAUGAUUUUUUUCGUGGAUUUUAACUAUUUAUUAUUUUGAAAGUGUUAUUUGUAUUUUUGUAUUGAUGUGCUUGAGAAUCUUAUAUUUUUACAAUAUUUUUACGCAACGA